UUAUUUUGUAACGCCAAACGUCCAUCCAAAAUUGCGUUCCUAAAUCGCCGCUACCGAACACAGCCGUAGACUUUUAAUUCAUUCCGCUGCGUUUCUUUCUCUGCACUUCAAAGUUCAAACCCUAGCGAAGCAUCCACUGUCGCCGUCGCACACUCGCACGCCGCUCACAGGUCCGUCCGUGACGGUUUAUGGGCUACGCUGAUGUCCUGAAUUUGUUGUUGGCCGUGGUGGUUUGGUGCACUGCUUACGUUACUGUUGUAGUUCUCGCUUCCUUUCGAGCCGUUUGCACUUUCUGAAACCUUGCAAUUUCAUUGAUAACAUGGGUUAUGCACAGCUUGUCAUAGGUCCUGCUGGUAGUGGCAAGUCCACGUAUUGCUCAAGUUUGUAUGAACACUGUGUUGCUGCACGGCGAUCGAUACAUGUUGUGAAUCUUGACCCUGCUGCUGAAAAUUUUGACUAUCCUGUUGCGAUGGAUAUAAGGGAACUCAUUUCCCUAGAUGAUGUUAUGGAGGAACUUGGAUUGGGUCCUAAUGGUGGUCUUGUCUACUGCAUGGAACACCUUGAAGAUAACCUAGAUGAUUGGCUCACUGAGGAACUGGACAAUUAUUUAGAUGAUGAUUACUUGGUUUUCGACUGCCCUGGUCAGAUAGAACUAUAUUCACAUGUCCCAGUGCUUAAGAAUUUUGUGGAACAUUUGAAACGGAAAAAUUUUAGUGUUUGUGCUGUUUACUUACUUGAUUCACAGUUCAUGACAGACGUGACCAAGUUUAUAAGUGGAUGCAUGGCAUGUCUUUCUGCGAUGGUUCAACUUGAACUACCUCAUGUUAAUAUCCUCUCAAAGAUGGACCUUGUGACUAAAAAGAAGGAUCUUGAAGAUUUUUUGGAUCCAGAGCCCACCUUUUUAUUGUCUGAAUUGAAUCAACGGAUGGGUCCUCAGUAUGCAAAGCUGAAUAAGGCUUUGAUUGAAUUGGUAAAUAACUAUAGCAUGGUGAGUUUUAUACCAUUAGACUUAAGGAAGGAAAAAAGUAUACAAUAUGUACUGGCCCAAAUUGACAACUGCAUUCAAUAUGGAGAAGAUGCAGAUGUGAAGGUUAAGGAUUUUGACCCUGAGGAUGAUGAGUAGCCAAUCCCCUUCUGCAACACUGCUUGGUAUAAUUGAAAGUUCUGCUUAACUUCGACAUUAUGGUGUACCAAGCUGAAGUUGUUAAUAUGUAGUAUCUCAUUAGAUUGUUUUAAUGUGAAUUGAGGAAGUUGAACAUUUAUACAGUUUAUCCUCUAAAUGGGAUGAAAAAUUGGCUAGCUUGAUCAUUCUCUUGCCAUUACUGCUUCCUUUCUGGGAAUUUUAUGACUUUGGUCGCAAGAGUAAAAAUCUGAUGGCAAAGUAGACAAUGCAAGAAUGAGAAGGAUGAAUUUGUAUGAUGAAAAUAUUGACUGAGCCUGUUUGAAUACAAGGCUAGCUGAGUUUUUGUGAGCAUGACACUAAAAGGUAAACGUAUUUGUCACGUACAGGAAAGAACUAGUGAACUGGGAUUAGCUGUAGUUUUACUAUAUA